UUUUUUUAAUUGUUUUAUAAAUCAGGGUUAUCAAAUCUACAUUCACUCAAACAAACAUCAGUUUCAUCAACAUCUUUAAUUAUUAUUUUCAAUAAUACUCAAACAAAGAGUAAAUACUUAAAAAGUGAAGAGUUUGAUAAUGUAACUUUACGUUACUUCUUAAUAAAAAUUUCAAUAAUCUAUUAUUUUUUAUUAACAUAAUUAAAUAUAUUGAGUAUAAUUAAAUAUUUCUUUCAAUUUUUAAAAAAUUUACAAAAAAUUUUAGUGUCGUAUAUACAAAAUGAAGUGGCUAGUUUUUAGUAUUACAUUAAUAAUAUGGAAUUAUAUAUCUUGUCAAGAUAUUGUUUUUCCAAGUGAUGAAGAAAUACAUUACACAAACAACAAUAUUGAGACGAUAACAGAACGUAAUCCAAUAUUUAUACCAGAUUCAUGUCCUAAAAAUAUGUUUCUUUAUUCUGGACCUGGAAAUAUAAGAAUAUGUGAUUGUAAACCAGGAUUUCUAUAUUUUCCAUUGAAUAAUAGUUGUCAUGAAGCAUAUAGACAAGGACCAUGUGCACCACAGCAUUACGUUAUGCUUCCUAAAAAUGAAGUUAUACCAAAAUGUAUAAAAAAUCCUUGCCUACAGGAUGGUCUAGUACAAUAUAAUAACACAUGUUAUUCUUUAAUAACUAAUGAAUCCUGUGCUCUUAAUGAAAUAGUAAAUAAAAUAGCAGUAAAUAAAAUUACAUUUGAAUUAGAAUGUAUAUCGGAAAUUAAAACAUUUUUAAUAAUUGAUAUAUCUGAAGAAUGUCCUGUUGGAAGUCGUAGAAAUGCACUUGGAAUAUGUAAAAAAAUAAUAAAUUAAUACUUUUAUGUAAUAAUUUUUAUUUUUUAUAUAAAAA